CGCGCAGCGCUACUCUGGCGGCCUGGGGGCUUCGUCCGAGAGUUCCUCCCCCGGCAGACUGUAACCGCCGGAGUUACGGACCGAGCCUCGCUCCUUCGCGGACCUGGGGCCCCGCAAACGUCCCCAUAGACCAGAGCCCCAGCAACACCUCGGAGCCCUGCCGAUACCCCCAGGGACUUCAACCCUGCAUCCCCCAGAGCCUGGAAACACCCCAUGGACUCGAAUCCCGCCACUACCCCAGAGCGCUGCUGACACCCCCAUGGACCCACAGCCUGCAGAGCCCCUUAAAAACUCCUAGGGACCGAGUACUGCAAACACCCUCCAUGGACUUGAGCCGCACACCCCCUCCAGAACCCUGCAAACACCGGGCCACAUAGACCCAUAUCGAGGGUGACCCGAUUUCCCAAAGGGAAAACGGGAUACCACAUGAGGCAAGCCCUCCUCCCCGCAACCAGCAUGGGCCCAGCCCAAGUGCGCCUCCGCCCGUGAGGCUGUCCCAAGCUGUUUGCCUGAGCCCUGCGUUGCUGCUCACCCAAGCCCUGCCUGGUCCCUACCCAAGCCAUGACUCCCUCCCUGCAUGGAGCUGGUAUCACAGGUUGUCCCCCAGCACAUUCCUCCACACCCCACUUUUUUGACAAAAAUGGGCAUUUGUCUUGUUUGCUCUUGCCGACUGAUCAAGUUGGCAAGAGCAAAUGGGACAAAUACCCACUUUUGCUGAAAAAGUAGGGAUGGCUAGGACAGGGCUUAAAAAAAGGGACUGUCCUAGCCAAAACAGGACAUUUGGUUGCCCUAUCCACAUCCUACAGAGCCCUGCAAACAUCCUCACAGUCCCAAAUCCCAUCUCUCUCCUGAGCUCUGCAUAUACCCCCAUUGGUCUAUACCCCACAGAGCCCUGAAAAUGCCCCCUAUAGCUCUGUAACCCUGCAUACCUCUCCAGAGCCCCACACAUAGUCUAUGGACCCAUGCCACACAUUCUCCCCUGUACCGUGCAUACACCCUCAGCUGCUUAUAUUUCCUAUGCAACCCUGUACAUAGACCUAUAAUUUCCAUAGAACCAUGCAAAAAUUUCAUAGACCUAUAUGACAUAUACGCCCCCAAAGCUCUGCUUACAUUCCUGUAGAUACCCAUACCUAGAUAUGAUUUUGUCAUAUAACUCUGCAUAUACACCUCUACCUGAUAUAACACGAAUUCGGAUAUAACGUGGUAAAGCAGUGCUCCAGGGGGAUGGGGCUGCGCGCUCUGGUGGAUCAAAGCAAGUUCGAUAUAACGCGGUUUCACCUAUAAUGCGGAAUUUAUGAUAAAAGAAUGUCAUCAGGUUUCCAAAUAAAACCGAAGACUGCAAUACAGAAAAGCAAGACAUCUUCGUCUCCUUCAUCUAGUUCUCCAGAUCUUGUGGUUAAGCCACAACCAAGGCCUAGUGAUAAACUUAACCCCAAAACUAUUGAUCCGUUUGGGGAUCAUUCAAAAGCUCCUUCUGCGUUUUCUGCCAUUUACUCUAAAGGUGGUAUACCUUGCAGGUUGGUUCAUGGCUCAGUAAAACACAAAUUACAGUGGGAAUGUCUUCCUGAAACUCUUCCAUUUGAUCCUCUUCUUAUUACUUUAGCUGAGGGUUUAAGAGAGACAAAACACCCAUAUACAUUUGUAUCCAAGGAGGGCUUUAAGGAAUUACUCUUGGUUGAAGAUGCUAUUGAAAAAGCAAUUCCCUUGUUGCCUCGCCUAGUUCCAGUGUUAAAGGCUGCUCUGGCUCAUUCAAACGGUGAAGUAUUUGAAAGAGGAUUGAAUGCUUUGGUACAGCUGAGUGCCAUUGUUGGCCCUGCUCUUAAUGAUCAGCUGAAACACCUACUCACAAGCAUUUCAAAGAGGUUAAUGGACAAGAAAUUCAAAGAGCAGAUCACUGUUGCGUUACAAAAGCUAGAGCAGUAUGGUGGAAAGGAGAGUGUUGCUAUCAUCAAAUCUAAAAUUCCAACCUAUUGUUCCAUCUCCUCGUGAACGAGAGACCCCUCUAGUCAUUUACACUGCAUGGUGUGGUUGUGGGCGUCAGAAGCUGACUGUGGAUGCUGUUGGAAUUUCCUUAUGGUACAAUUUAUUCUAACAAAACUAACCACAAACAUUCUGUAAUCUGGUUUGGGAGAAAAAUGAAGAUUAAGUGAAUUGUGUCCAUAAUAUCUUGUAAUUAUGGCAAACAGUUAUAUCAUUGUUAUUAUAUAAAUCUGUUUGUGUAUCCGGUCUUAUGUUUACAGUUAGUCAUUUAUUGGUUAUCUACCAUUCAUUGUUUCAGCUGUAAACAAAGUAAAUGUUAAUUCAUUUUUGCUGUACAUUCCUAUUUCCUUAAAUAAUUCUGCCACACUUACGGUGUUAUCAAAUGUUACAUAAAAGGUAGAAUUUGAUUGUAAUUAUUAAUUAAGCAGUAACUAACUCCCUGCUAAAGUGCAUAUACAUAUUUAUUUUACAUAGGUAAAACUUGCAAUGAUUUCUUUCCAUGAUGAGUGUUAGAGAUGAAAAUGUGUUUUCUGUUACAAAAGAACUGAUUUAAAACUAGUUGUACAGUGUUGCUCAAGUAGUGUAAAAUAAUCAGGUGUUGAUACUGGAAUACUGUUUUUCAUAUUCCAUCCCAGUAACCCUUUAUUUUGAAAACUGUCACAUUGGGAACUUAAAUCUUAGCACAGUACUGAAUUAACAGUUUAAUACUUAAUUCAGAUGCGUGUAUUGAAACAGUAAAUCCAUUUGGUUAAA